AUGGGGAAUCAUGUGACCGUGAUAAGUUCUUCAGGAAAGAAUAAAGUGGAGGCUUUAGAGCAUCUGCAUGCAGAUUAUUUCCUGGUGAGCUCUAAUGCGGCGGAGAUGGAGGGAGCUGCGGCGAGUCUUGACUACAUUCUCGACACCGUUCCGGCUGUCCACGCUUUAGACCCUUACGUUUCACUUCUCAACGUUGGUGGGAAGUUAAUUUUGGUCAGGGUUGUCACAAAGCCCCUCCACUUCAACACCGAAGACUUGGUUCUAAGGAAGAAGAAAUUGACGGGAAAUUUCAUAGGAAGCAUUGCAGAAACACAAGAAAUACUGGAGUUUUGGGCAGAGAAGGGUCUGAGUUCGAUGCUAGAGGUGGUGAAGAUGGAUUAUAUAAACACAGCUUUUCAGAGAUUGGAGAAGAAUGAUGUGAGGUACAGAUUUGUACUUGAUGUUGCUGGCAGCAACCUUGAAUGAAUGAAUGAUUCAUAGCUCAUUUUCCAAGAAAAUACCA